AUGGCCGUGUGUACAUCUGACCCGAUCAUUAUCGUUGGCGCAGGUGCGCUGGGCCUGUCAGCAGCACUUCAUCUAUCGCAACAAGGCUACACCAAUAUUUCGGUGUUUGAAAAAGAUAACGUCCCCUCCGGAGAUUCAAAUGUUCAUCGCGCAGCACAAGACGCAGGCGUCCAAUUCUUCUUCGGAUCUCCCGUUGAGGAAAUAGUCUACGUGAGCACACUGACCGGGCGGAAAAAUGCCGGUGUUCGCACAAGGGAUGCCCAAUUCCACCCUUCCUCCCUGGUCAUUAUUGAAGCGGGUGCUGGCGUUGGGAGCGAGGCUGUAAUUGGCCACUUCCGGGUCCAUGACUCCUUGGCUACACCCCCUGUCUUGGUUUACCAACACCAAACACUCCAAUUCUUUGGUCGAUUAUGUGCCACACGAUUCUUCUUCUGUUAUUCUUUUGUCGGCAGACCCGAGGCAAGGGUCGAAACUGUUUUCUUUGGUGGGAUCGCUGGUGUUGGAUCUCCUUGGUGCGACUAG